AUGCUUCUCCUAGAGAAAGCCGCGCGACAAGCCUGCUCGAAAGGGCAGGCUUGUCGCGCGGCCUUUCCUGCCUCCUAUCAACCGUUCAGACACGUCGUAAACACUCAAGUGAAGGCUCUGACGUUCCCGGAAGCGACGCGCGCAAGACCGAUAGGUGGAAUAGUAAGGGAAGGUCACCUUACAGCAAGUUGUUCCUGCUCCUGCUCUGGUGGUGAAUGUUCCUGCGUGGACAGCGAGAACGAGAAGAAUGAUCAUGAUAAGUCUACGGAUAGUUCUCGCCUCAAAGUGCAUAAAUCUUCGCGUCAACGAGAUUUAGAGCGUAGUGAUCGGGAACGUAGAAAACGAAGCUGGUCCAGAGAAAGAAGUGAGGAAAAGUCGAGAGAACGUGGUAGGGACAAGGAUAGGCAUAGAGACACAGAUCGCAAGAAGAGUCGAUCAAGGGAAAGGGAUCGUAACAAAGACAGAAGGAGGAGCAGAUCGAGGGAUCGCAAACGAAGUCGAAGUCGUUCUCGAGACAAAGCGAGAGAUCGAAGGCGAAGCAGAUCUCGUGACCGACGCAGAUAAACUCGGAGUACCCGCGCGUUUUACAUGUUUUCUUAUUUUGAUUGUUUCAUUGUUCGUUUUGCUGAUACAUUCAAUUUGUGUGAGCUUUUGAAAGAUGCAUGUGCGGUUAUUUUUGUGCUAAUUUUUGGUAUAUAAAUAAAUUUCGAUAACAUAGAUUA